AUGGGGACCUCCAUCUUGGACACCGUGGGAAGUUCGGGGACUUUGGUUUCUUGCCGCACCACGAAGUCAGUCUCGCGCGACUUCCAGCGGAAGCUGGUGGUCAAGUCCUUCCUUGAUGCCAAUGGGUACAUGCAUGUGAACGAGGCAAAGCACUCCUGGGGCCGCACGCGCUAUCCACUCCACAUGGCUGUCCAGCAGAAGAAGCCUGCCAUCGUGAGGGCCUUGAUCCGACUCGGAGCACGUCUCAACUCCCAGACAAAUCGCGGCCUGACUCCUGAGGCAUUGGCACAGCGCCUUCACCGUCGUUGGGGUGGCUACCAGGAGGUUCUGGACGUCUUUGAGGAAGUCGGGCGCGAUCCGGAAAUUCGAAUGCACCAACGGGCGGUAACGACCGGCCAGCUCAGUGAUGGCUGCGUUGGAGCCGCCGACUUUCUGACAACAGUUCAGGCAUGA